UGUGUUUGCAUCAUCUGCUGUUGUGGCUGCAUCAGGAGCUGGGGCAGCUCUCUGAGGAUGCCAGGAAGCAGCAGCAGAGCAGCAACUUGUCCCGCAGCCUGCAUUACUCUGGCCUGGAUGAGUGGGCUCUGUUCCAGCUGCUGCGGGACACACACACACAAAGAGCUUUGCCCAGCAGCUCAGUGACACCAUCACACACGGGCUUGGGGGGAGGCCCAACAUCGGGUGGUCUUUUGGGGGGACAGCCUUUCAUCUGGGGGGUGGGAGGACAGCUCUGCUACUGCCUCUAGCCCUUGUGCUUCCAAAGGGGAUCUCCCAAGGCCAGCCCUUCCUGGGGCUCCCAGCAGUCCCCGUUCUGCCCCUCCCUCUCCCCCUCCAUCUGCAUGGAGCAAAAAGAGGCCCAGGAGAACUCAGGGGAAGCUGUGCCUGGGACCUCCGCAUGGAGCUGAGGCAGUGAAUGCUCACCUGGGAGGCCUCAGCCAGCCCUAAAAAGGAGGGCCAGCAGCUCUGAGGACCCUUCCCAGGCCCCCAGGAAGCCACCCUACUAUCGGAGGGUGCAUCAGUAGCCACCUAAACCUGGUCCAGGGUGCAGCUGAGGCCCACACCAGCCCCUUGUGGUCCUAGGCCCCAGGUCUAUUUAGCAUUUAAUAAAGGAAAAGGAGAGCAUGAAAACUGCAGAAAACCUCUCAGUAUUACUAACAAUGCCGGCAGAGUUGCUCUGCCCAGCUGUGCUGCUUUUCUGCCCUUUUUCUGGUGUUUUGACUAGCAUUUCCUGGCUUGUGCCCUAGGCAUUAUGGCCCCUAGGAUCACUUUUGGGAGAGAGGGGGGGCAUCGAUGCAGACCCUGGCCAGAAGAGGUGGGAUGUUGAUGCUGGCAGAUCCUUUCACAAGAUAACGAGAUUUGCGUUUCUGCCACUGACCCCAGGGCAGAUGUUUCCAGCCCUGGGUCUCCAGGGCCAGCCAGUGCCCAAGCACUCAUCCCUCCAGGCCUCUCCUCCUCCUCCUCAGCACACCCUGUACCUCACAUCCCAGGGCCCUUCUCUUCUAUCAGCCUGCACUGCCCACUGCAGCCUCACUACAGCAGCACCCAAUCCCUCCUUCUGCCUGGAGUCAGGACUUGGUGCUGCUCUCUGAAGCCCAAGGUUGUACUCUGCCGAGGCAGGAGCCCCAGGAAUUCAACAAGGGAAGUGCAAAUCCUACCCCUUUGCAGGGAAAGAGAAGUGGGUGAUUGUGCAGAGCACUCAAAGUAGUAAAGAAAGGCCCAAAUGAUUAAUAUCAUUUAUUCAAGACUUUGACUUUCCUUGCUUUUCUUGGCUAGUGAAUAAAAUUGUGGGGAUUGAGGAGGAAGGGGGUCCAGGUUGUGUGGAAAAUCCUACAGUGGGGAACCAGCAGCAGUGGGCAGCUGAGGAGGAGGUCACUCAGGGCAGUUCCCUGCAUCUGGUGGAAGUGAUUGCAGGAAGAGCUGCAUUGAAAAGGACAGGAGACUGGCUGUUUUUGUCUUUCCGAUCUUUUGCAUGAUGGAAUCUCCCCAGCCACCUCUGCUGGGAGAAAGAGCAGGUGUGUGGCAGAGGAUCCAUGCCACAGGUGCUUGCUGCCAGUUGCCCUGGCAGCUGGGAGAGAGCAGAGAGGGACACAAACUCAUUUCUCUGGGAAACAGCUCUAGAGGCACUCGAGUGCAAGCACUGGAAGCACUGCAGACGUGCUGUCUCGAGUUAGGUACAAUCUGUGGGGAUGUGAAAAGCAUCUCCGAGGCAGCACACUCCCCCUUUUCACAGUACAUACACAGCUGUGUGCAGGGAUCAGUAGCAUUUGCUCCUGACCAAGGAAAGAGCCCGUGUGUCUGGCAGUGUGAGUCCAAAGGAAUGUAACCUUUUUGUUUGGAUUUGGUGACCAAGCACUCAGCUGAUCUGGCUCCUGGGGACUGGAGAAGCACAUGAGCAAAUGCACUUCUCUCCCCUGGUGGGAAGCUGGUUUGAUGCCUUAUUACCGUAAUUGCCAAAUCCGUCAGUCAUUGCAGGCUGUCUUCAAGACCUCAUCCUCCUUUACCCUCUGCUCAGGAAGAAUAGCCAGCCUAUUUUGACAAUGCUCGCAGAAAAGUGCUUGGGAUUUGUUUAUUCUGCACUAUGUCUCUGGUCAUCCUUGUUCCUCUCUUUCUUUAAAGUCUCUCAGCAGGGUGAAGGCCAGAGACGCUUGUACAGAGAACUGCUGAGGAACUACAAUCGCCUGGAACGUCCGGUAGUGAACGACUCCCAGCCGCUGGUAGUUGAGCUCCAGCUUUCUUUGCUGCAGAUAAUUGACGUGGAUGAGAAGAACCAGGUGUUGAUCACAAAUGCUUGGCUGCAGAUGUCUUGGGUUGAUGUUUACCUGUCUUGGGAUCAAUAUGAAUACCCAGGGGUGCAGAACUUGCGAUUUCCUGCUGACCAGAUUUGGGUACCAGACAUUCUGCUGUAUAACAGUGCAGAUGAAAGGUUUGAUGCGACAUUUCACACGAAUGUGCUGGUGAAUUACUCUGGAUCCUGCCAAUAUAUUCCUCCAGGCAUUUUGAAGAGCACCUGUUAUAUUGAUGUCCGCUGGUUCCCCUUUGAUGUGCAGAAGUGUGAUUUGAAGUUUGGCUCCUGGACUCACAGUGGCUGGUUGAUUGACCUGCAGAUGCUCGAGGCUGAUAUGUCCAACUACAUCUCAAAUGGAGAAUGGGAUUUAGUGGGUGUCCCAGGAAAGAGGAACGAGAUGUACUAUGAAUGCUGCAAAGAACCAUACCCAGAUGUGACGUACACGAUCACCAUGCGCCGACGCACCCUCUACUAUGGCUUGAAUCUACUCAUUCCCUGUGUUCUCAUAUCUGGCUUGGCACUGCUCGUAUUCCUUUUGCCAGCUGAUUCAGGGGAGAAGAUUUCUUUAGGUAUCACUGUCCUUCUUUCCUUGACUGUAUUCAUGCUGCUUGUGGCUGAGAUCAUGCCUGCAACUUCUGACUCAGUCCCACUAAUAGCUCAGUAUUUCGCUAGCAUCAUGGUCAUCGUUGGUCUGUCUGUCGUGGUAACAGUGCUGGUUCUGCAGUUUCACCAUCACGACCCCCAGGCGGGAAAGAUGCCCAAAUGGGUCCGUGUCAUCCUGCUGAACUGGUGUGCUUGGUUUCUACGAAUGAAAAAACCUGGGGAAAAUAUAAAGCCCCUCUCUUGCAAAUACAGCUAUUCCAAGCACAACAUGAGUGUGAACAGCAUGGAGGUGAACGUCCUACCCGGGCACCAGUCCAGCAAUGGCAACUCCAUCUACAGCUACCACGCGAUGGACAGCCCGUGCUGCCCCCAGAAGAACGACCUCGGCAGCAAGACCGGCAAGAUCACUUGCCCCCUAGCAGAAGACAUCGAGCUCAUUCAAAAGAAAGCUCUAAUGGAUACUAUCCCAGUGAUCGUGAAGAUCCUGGAGGAAGUUCAGUUCAUAGCGACGCGAUUCAGGAAACAGGACGAGGGUGAAGAGAUCUGCAGUGAGUGGAAGUUUGCAGCUGCCGUGAUAGACAGACUGUGCCUGGUUGCAUUUACCCUUUUCGCCAUCAUUUGCACAUUUACAAUACUCAUGUCUGCUCCAAAUUUUAUAGAAGCUGUUUCAAAGGAUUUUGCAUAAGGUUUUCAAAGAUGAGCAUGAUUAUUUGAAAGUGAAUAUUGCCAGUAACUUUGCUCGAUAAUUUAAAUCAAAUAGAGAAGUGUACUUAUAUGUGCUAAAAUACACUGAAGGGGAUGAAAAUAAUUUCAGGACAUAAUUAUUCCUGAUGUUAGUGAUUGUAGUUACUGAAUAGUAAUCAUAUUGAACUCUGUUACUUAUUUCAUAGAUUAGUGCCACAUGUAAUUAUGUCAUGAUCUGUGACAAGUGGUAGACAAGAAUUCAAAUCUACAAUAUAUUUGUUACAAGCUAACACUCGUAUCAAUGUGUUACUAUGAAUUUUUGAACUUUUAGAUAUUGUUAAAUUGACUUAAAUGUUCAUUGAUGACUACGAGUUUCACAGAAUUUUGUUGUUUUCAGGAUAUUCGUGUUUUAUCAUUUUUGUUUGGUGUGGUUGUGACAUGCACUUAUCAGAUUUGAAAGACCUAUCUCCACAGUCUCAUGAUGCUGUAUAUUGUACCUGAAAAUAAACCAUCAUCAUAUUAGCUCA